AUGCUGGAUGGCAAAGAAGAAGUGAAAGAUGAGACGAGCUGCUUCCGACCCACUGCGAUCAGACAUUCCUUUUUCCUGGCUGGUGCUUCUAGCGGCCUGAGUUACACCGUCCCCUCUACAGACCUCAAAAGCAGGCCCUAUUUUUCCUUAGACGUGAAGACGAAGUCUGCGGAGGGUCUGGUCUUCUAUAUUCCAGCUGAGCAAGAAAAGUAUCACCUGGCUCUUUAUGUUUCCAAGGGAAGAAUCCGCUUCUCGGUUGGCCGCCGUAGAGAAAUCUUUAACAGGGAGAAAUAUAACGAUGGAAAGUGGCACACGGUCACGGUAAGCCUGGAGAAGCGCCGUUUUCGACUGAUCAUCGAUGGCUUGAGGGCUCAGGACGGGUUGCUGAAUCCAGGAGAGAUCUCGUCUAUCCAGUUCAGCUCAGCCGUUUAUCUGGGUUCUCCUCCUCCAAACACACACACAGAUCUAAAGUGGAAGUUUCUUCCUGAGCAUGGUGUGGUCGGCUGUGUCCGCAAUUUAAAAAUGAACGGCUCAUCGAUGGCACCGCCAACAACAAACCACGGUGUGGGUCCAUGUUUCGAGGGACAGUCCGAGAGCGGGGCGUAUUUCUCAGGGCAGGGAGCUUAUGUUAUAAUUGAUGAGUCAUUUGUAAUAAGUCAGAAUUUCGAGCUUGUAAUCGAGUUGAGGCCCAGUAAGGAGAGCGGCCUUCUGCUGCAUGUCGGAGACUCCAACCAUCAUCUCACUGUGUUCAUAAGGAAAGGAGAGGUGGUGGCUCAGGUGAAUAACGGAGGAGGAGAAUUCAGCGUGUCUGUCAAACCGCAGGAGUCUCUAUGUGACGGGGUGUUUCACAAAAUCGCAGCUUCUCUGAGCAUCCAAACAGGUGGAAAUCAGAUGGAGCUAAAUCCGGACUAUGAGCGUCUCUCAGUCUCUCAGACACGACCGAUUACUCCUCCUCCCACCCUCACCGCUUCCAACCAAAAUUUAAAAGUGUGGAAACUUUUUGAA